AUUCCUAUUGCCAGUCCUGCAAUCCUUCUUAUAUAAAACUCACGUAUGCUCGGUGACGAUGGAAGCCUCGACUGAGUUGAAUAGGUGGUUGAUGCAGCAAUCCCUGAUACUUACUUGCAUGCGCCAUGACGCCCGUGGAGGUACCCAAUGCAGCAGGAGGAGGAGAGAUGAGGAGAGUGAACGUGGUGUACUUCCUCAGCCGGAAUGGCCGGGUGGAACACCCGCACCUCCUCCGCAUCCAUCGCCGUCGUCGAGACCACGUUUACCUUCGCGAUGUGAAGAGAUGGCUGUCGGAGUUCAGAGGGAAGGACAUGGCCGACUCCUUCGCCUGGUCCUACAAAAGACGGUAUCGAGGCGGAUACAUAUGGCAGGACCUGAUGGACGACGACCCCAUCACGCCCUUCGCCGACGCCGAAUACGUGCUCAAAGGAUCCGAGCUCGCCACGGAUCCUCCCGUCUCCACCCCCAGCAAACAGGUGCAGCACAGAACCCCACCUUCUGUUACCCACUCAUCUCCUCUGACUUCAUGUGCAUCGUUUGCUUUCACCGAUGACCAGGUGAUGAUGCCGGCGUCGACGUCGGCGGUCGAUGAGGAACCACCCAAAGUGGCGGCCUCAUCUGACGCCGACACUCUACUGGUGUUGCCGCCAUCGCCAACACAGCAGAAAGCGGCACCCGAGAUCGACGCGUCGAAGGUGGAGGCGAAGGAGAAGCCGAACGAGGAGAAGGAGGAGGAGAGAGGGGCAUCGAUAAUGGACAGCAGCAGCGACAGCAACAACUGCUCGAAGCGAGCGACGCAGGCGCUACGUAACAUCCUCCGGUGCAAGACCGCGGAUCAGACCGACGACGGGGCCCUGCGGCCGAUAAGCCGAGAGGGAGAGGAGCGGUCCGGCGGUGGCCGCGGCGGUGACAGUGAGGGUUCAAGGGAAGGGAGGACGAGGAGCGGCGGGGGGAGGAGGUGGCGGAAGGCGGGGAAGCAGGAAGCCGCCCCGGUUAACACGCCGGCGGCGACACCCACUUGCUCGUAAGUCACACUCUUCGUCUCUUAAUUCGUGGCUCGUGUGACUCGGAUCGAGUCGUAGUUGGUUGAGAAACACACGGGUCACAGUCCGACUACGUGAAGACACGAA